AAAAAAAAGUAAAACAUAAUAAUACAUACACACACUAGUACUUCACUCAUCUAUUAUAUAUAUAUAUAUACAAGGUCAUUAAAACUUGUAAAAAUCCUCCAAACAUUAUAGCAAAAAAAUGGCUUCGGAGAAAGUCGAGACUGUAGUUGCCGGAAACUACGUCGAAAUGGAAAGGGAAGGAGAAGAAGAUCAAGAGGGAAAAUCGAGCUCCACUAGGAGCAAUUUAUCGAAGAUUUUCUGGCACGGUGGUUCCGUUUACGAUGCAUGGUUCAGCUGCGCUUCUAAUCAGGUUGCGCAAGUGCUGCUUACGCUGCCGUAUUCGUUCUCGCAACUCGGGAUGGUGUCCGGGAUUCUGUUUCAACUAUUGUAUGGAUUGAUGGGGAGCUGGACUGCUUAUCUUAUCAGUGUUCUUUAUGUCGAGUAUAGAACUAGGAAGGAGAGAGAGAAGGUCGAUUUCAGAAACCACGUUAUUCAGUGGUUUGAAGUUCUAGAUGGGCUAUUAGGGAAGCACUGGAGAAACAUUGGCCUCUUUUUCAACUGCACUUUUCUUCUCUUUGGAUCUGUCAUUCAGCUCAUUGCAUGUGCCAGUAACAUCUAUUACAUAAAUGACAACCUGGACAAGAGAAGUUGGACAUACAUAUUUGGAGCAUGCUGUGCAACAACUGUGUUUAUCCCAUCUUUCCGCAACUACAGGAUUUGGUCUUUUCUUGGCCUUAUUAUGACUACUUACACUGCUUGGUACCUCACCAUUGCUUCCCUUCUCCACGGCCAGGUUGAAGGAGUUAAGCACUCUGGCCCAGCCAAAAUGGUUCUCUACUUCACUGGGGCUACCAACAUUCUUUACACAUUUGGUGGCCAUGCUGUCACUGUGGAAAUAAUGCAUGCAAUGUGGAAGCCACAGAAAUUCAAGCUGAUAUACCUAAUCGCGACGAUUUACGUGCUUACACUAACGCUUCCGUCAGCCAGUGCCGUUUAUUGGGCUUUCGGAGAUUUAUUGCUAAACAGAUCCAACGCUUUAGCUUUGCUCCCAAGAACCGGAUUUCGAGACGCUGCUGUAGUCCUCAUGCUCAUCCAUCAGUUCAUAACGUUUGGAUUUGCGUGCACUCCGCUGUACUUUGUGUGGGAGAAAUUCCUCGGCGUGCACGAAACGAAGAGCUUGCUAAAACGGGCGCUAACGAGAUUGCCCGUGGUGAUUCCGAUUUGGUUCUUGGCUAUAAUUUUCCCAUUCUUCGGGCCGAUAAAUUCGACAGUUGGAUCACUUCUUGUUAGCUUCACAGUCUACAUUAUUCCUGCAAUGGCACAUAUGAUCACUUUUGCUUCUGCUUCAGCCAGAGAGAAUGCAGUGGAGAGGGCACCAAAAAUAGUAGGAGGAUGGGUUGGUUUGUACUCAAUGAAUAUAUUUGUAGUGGUAUGGGUUUUUAUUGUUGGAUUUGGAUUUGGAGGGUGGGCAAGUAUGGUCAAUUUUGUACACCAAAUUGACACAUUUGGUGUCUUCACCAAGUGUUAUCAGUGCCCUAAGCAUAAAGUUUGAUUACAUUAUUAUUAUUAUUACAAGAAAAAUAUUUAAUUAAUUAGGAUAUCAAGAUUUAUACAUAUGUAAGUGUGUAAAAAUUAAGAUUGGUUUUUUUUUUUUGUAAUUUUUAUUAAUAUUUUGUUUUUUGGUUUCUACUUUUCACUUAGUUGAAGGGUUUCUUCAACAUGUGUGGCCAUUAGUGUUUGUGAUAACAAGUGUAAUUCCCUUUCUUUUUGUGGGGUUUUUUUUCUUUAUAUAUUUAAUAUUUUGAUUA